CUGAUCUGAAAUACACUUAAAGGGCAAUGCUACAAACAGUACCUUGUCAGAAAGGUAACCAGCUUCAAAGCAUUCAGCUGUGCCCUCUGUAAUGUGUUUUCACAAAGCUGAUCUUUACUGCAGGCUGGAGAGUUUCCAUUAGAUCUCUCUUUAGACAUUCUUUGGACAGGUGUAAGAAAAAGGUAAUGUCAUGACAUCACCUUGGUAAUGGAAAUGGUAGCAGUCAUCUGAGUUUAGUGGCUACUUCAUUUUUCUUUUUCUGUUCAUAUUUGAUUUGUUUUUUUCUUGCUUGGAAAAUGAGUUACUAAGAACAAGAGUGUAAAGGUCAUUUCUAUAGCAAGUUUAUUGUAUCUUCUCCUAAUGUUUUUAGUGACGUGCUGGUCAGUGAUACAUGUUUUUUCAGUGUAGGUGGUGCUCUGCAAGAUUUUUCUGAAUUAAAGAUGUACAGUUUGAUAAAUGUGAUUGCUCUUUCAGAAAUCUUCAGUGUAGAUUUCUACCCUUUGUCUAAAUGUGGUAUUAAAAAUGUGCCUGAUUACAUCUCUUACUUGAUCAAUAGUUCAUCAGUAGAUUUCAGAGUACAGCUGUGUCCUGGAGUAGACCCCCUCAUGUCUUGUCUGUGGUAAUAAAUGGUAACUAAUGUUGAUUUUCUUUUGACUCUGAUUUCCUGUUAAGAUAAUCUGUACUUCUAGGGUGUGGGUGACUUCCACUGUCUUAGUCAUGAUGUGGGUGUUUUUUUUAAUUGGUAGACUCUUGUCUGAAGACACCAUUGCCACUGGCAGAUGCACUCCCUUUAAUUCAGCAACAGCUGUUAGACUGAACCUAAAUUACAAUUAAGUGUAAGGUCAACCUUCCCACUUCUUCAGUGGGCUAGUUUUCAGAAAACUGUUGAGCUGAUUUGUCAGCAAAAUUGCUAUUGCUCUCAGUUAAUCUAUGAAUGAGUCCAAAGGGCACACCUACAGCCAGAACAGAGUAGGAAGUGUCAGUGCACCAAGUGACAUACCAGGAUGAAAGAGGAAUGUGUGCUUGUGCUGUUGGUAAACUGAAGACAGUUUAGCAGAUUUCAGAUGACAGGUUCUUUCUCAGGGAAUCACAGGGAGAAUUCUUUCUUUUGCAUGUGGAGUGAUGUAAAGCGAACAAAUGAAACAAUUUUUAGGUACCAGGUCAUCAGUACACCCACUGACAUUUUCAUGGUGAUGGAAUAUGUUUCAGGAGGAGAACUGUUUGAUUAUAUCUGUAAAAAUGGAAGGCUUGAUGAGAAGGAAAGCAGACGUCUGUUUCAGCAAAUCCUUUCUGGGGUGGAUUACUGUCACAGGCACAUGGUAGUACACAGAGAUCUGAAGCCUGAAAACGUGCUUCUUGAUGCACACAUGAAUGCCAAGAUAGCUGACUUUGGUCUAUCAAAUAUGAUGUCAGAUGGAGAAUUUUUAAGAACGAGCUGUGGUUCCCCUAACUAUGCUGCACCAGAAGUAAUUUCUGGAAGGUUAUAUGCAGGUCCAGAAGUAGAUAUUUGGAGCAGUGGGGUUAUUCUCUAUGCUUUGUUAUGCGGAACGCUUCCAUUUGAUGAUGAUCAUGUGCCAACCCUUUUUAAGAAGAUAUGUGACGGUAUCUUUUAUACCCCUCAGUACCUGAAUCCAUCUGUAAUUAGUCUUUUGAAGCACAUGCUGCAAGUGGAUCCAAUGAAGAGAGCAACAAUCAGAGACAUUAGGGAACAUGAAUGGUUUAAGCAGGAUCUUCCAAAAUACUUGUUUCCUGAAGAUCCAUCAUAUAGCUCUACGAUGAUUGAUGAUGAAGCCCUAAAAGAAGUGUGUGAGAAAUUUGAAUGCACUGAAGAGGAAGUGCUAAGUUGCCUGUACAGCCGAAAUCAUCAGGACCCUCUAGCUGUUGCUUAUCACCUUAUUAUAGAUAACAGAAGAAUAAUGAAUGAGGCCAAAGACUUCUACUUGGCGACAAGUCCUCCAGAUUCUUUUCUGGAUGAUCACCACCUGUCUCGCCCUCACCCUGAACGAGUGCCAUUUUUAGUAGCAGAGGCACCACGUCCUCGCCAUACCCUUGAUGAGCUGAAUCCACAGAAGUCAAAACACCAGGGUGUAAGACGGGCUAAAUGGCACUUGGGAAUACGGAGUCAGAGUCGACCAAAUGAUAUCAUGGCUGAAGUUUGUCGAGCAAUUAAACAACUGGAUUAUGAAUGGAAGGUUGUAAAUCCAUAUUAUCUGCGUGUUCGGAGGAAGAAUCCAGUAACAAGUGCAUAUUCCAAAAUGAGUCUCCAAUUGUAUCAGGUGGACAGCAGAACAUACUUACUGGACUUCCGUAGUAUUGAUGAUGAAAUUACUGAAGCAAAGUCUGGGACUGCAACUCCACAGAGAUCAGGUUCUGUGAGCAACUAUAGGUCUUGUCAAAAAGAUUCAGAUGCUGAUGCUCAAGGAAAAUCUGCAGAUACAUCCCUUACCUCAUCAGUGAACUCUUCGCUUGACUCUUCCACAGCUGAUGUAACUACAAGACCAGGGAGUCACACAAUAGAGUUUUUUGAGAUGUGUGCAAAUCUUAUUAAAAUACUUGCACAGUAAUUUUGAAGAUGGGCUUAUUUCUUUUACAGCAAUAAGCAUGCCUAAAUCUUAGUCAGAUGCUUCCAAUUAUAAUCAAGUGAAAUUAACUAAGGCGCUGAAAAAGCUAGCCACAGAAUGCAAAUUGCACGGGGAUUAAAAUUAUUAUGGACAGUUAACAUACAUUAUUUUGAAGCUGGAGUGAACUCUGAUUGCCUGCUCUCCAAUAGCAUAACACAGGUACAAGAAAUAACAUGCCCUUUGGGUAGUGUUUGUAACAUUUUACCAUGAAUGCAAAGUAGGCUGCCUAUAACAUUUAAGCUAGAUGGACCUCCUUGUUUUUUUCUCUGGUUAUACAAAUAUCCCAUGCACUGUAAGUUAACAUACACAUACUAGUUCAGUGAUCUCAGUUUGAAUUUUGUUGGUCACCCGCUACAGUUGUGACUCAGAACUAUCAGCGUCUCCUAACAGUAAUGUAUUAAAACUGCUAUGUUUCUUCCCCUUAUUUGACAGAAAAUAAUAAAGAAUGCUUUGAUGCGUUACAAUGUACUACUUUUAUCAAAAAGUGUUAUUAAAUGCAUGCAAAUCCAGCCAGUUGGAAAUGCGUGUAGGUGCUCUGUAAUGAACUGAGAGUGAAAAUUCUGUGGACAAUGAAUAGAAUGAUUGAGUCCAUCACAAUGGCAGGAGACAAUGCUGAGACAAGGCAUGGCAUUCCAUGGGCUAAACCAAAAUGUUGCUUUGUGUAGAAACUGUGAGGAAGCUCCUCAUCUGUGCAUGUUAUCGUAGUGUGGUAGCAGCACAGCAGCUCCCCACUGCUACUGCAGGCCAAGAAUCCUUUUCCUUAGGAACAUGUCCCUAUAGAUACGAGCAGUGCCUGAGGGCUGUUUCAUGCUAUUCCAGAAUCUGAAAUUUACAAGUUUUUAACAUAUAUGUUAAUACUUUGAUACAGCUGGUUAUCACCUUAACUUAGGAUAUAGAAUAUAGUAUUCAGUAUGAAGUGAAAAUUACAUACACAGGUUUCUAGUUUUUCCCACGUGACCAUUAUAGAAAAUUUUGCUAUUUAAUCUAAUUGAAUUAAGACCUCUGACUUUUCAGUUGAGCAUUGAAAACUGAUCAUGACAACUUGAGUUCUAGAGGUUUUAACUGUAGGUUGCAGUUACCCACAAUAAAUGUCCUGCAUUUAUGUAGCAUUUCAGGAAAAAAAACCUGAACUUCAUAUGUUAAAAUCAUAGGUAGUAUUUGCAUGAAAACCUUUAAGUCUCUUUAAAUUGGAUAUAAUUAGCCAUGGUUCCAUUUUCAUCUGGCACAUAGUAGACAUAAACAGUCAUAAAAUCCUUAGUUUUGCAUUCAAGACUUAAUGCUUGCUUCAAACUAAAACUCAUGACCUCCAUUGUUUCAAAGGUUGCUCUCACAGGCAGAGGCUGGAACUCCAGGCAUUACUGUGAACAGUAAAACCUGGACUUUUCACAUGGAUGGAAAUUCUUGCCAAUGGCUGAGAUUUUAUCCAUGGGAAACUGCUAGCUAUAGAUACACAAUCAGUUUAAAUCCUGGCCAGCUGGCUGUAGCCCAGAAAUUCACAUGCACAGAAUCUGAAGAAAUAUAAGGCUGCUUUUAAGCCCCUGAACUGCUGUAACUGUGUUCUGAACUGGGUGAUUGCAAGGUCUGUCUAAUAGGUGGGUGGGUACAAGUUACAACUUCAUUUCUUUAUCCUUAUGUGUCACAGAUGGUCCCUGCUGGGACAUUGGCUCUAUCACUGUACCUUAAAGUGGAAGAUUUUCCAAAGUGGAAGUUAGUAUUGGAAGUUUAAACCCAAAACUAACAUGAGGGCCCAGCUGCAAAUCCUACAAUAAAGUCCUUAGUCUUGUAUGAAUUGGUUCCGAUGUACUGAAUAAAUCAAUGGGUUCAUUUUUGUUACCCUUUAUUUUGGGUAUUUUGGGGAUUAUUAAGUAUUGCACUUGUAUAAACACUACAAACGCACAGGUUUUUAAAUUGUAGUAAUUCCUCAUGUAGAAUUGGUUUGGGAUCACUUGCAUAUAUUAAACUAUUUAUAAAUGCUAUCUGCUCCUUGUAAUACUGACAACACAUGCAAGGUGUAAAGAUGCAAAACAGUUCUUAAUUUUAUAUACCUUUCUGGCCCUCUAGUGCUUUAAGACAACCCUGGUUUGUCCUUAGUUUUGGUAUCAGGAGAUUAAAGCAAGUUUCUGGCAGAAGUGUACAUUAUGUAGUUGUAAAUAAAAGUACAUUUUUAUGGCAGAUCGAUUUUGAUGGCCAAAGGUUUUCUGGUUGAAUUAAGAUUUUUAUAGGGAAGGGGAGGGGUAGAAAGGGGCACUAAGAACCAAGUUGAACCCAGUUGCCUGUUGUGUGACUUUCCUAUGCUUUGUAGAUCUUGCUGUUGAAAUUGCUUUCUUCACGUGUUCCUACUGAUCUUGCUGACCUUUAGCCUUGCACCUAGAAGCUGCCAAUAGGCUGAGAAAUGCAACGUACACUUAGAGAGCUGCCAGACUUUUAAGGCAGCUUAUGCAGAUACACAAACUGGUAAAGUGUGUUACUCUGUAUUCCCAAGCUUACUCCUGUUGGAGUAUGAGUACUUACUACUUACCUUGUCUUUGUAAUUUUUUCAGUAACAUGGAUGAACCUGGGCUGUCCAUGUGCAAAAUUCACUAGGUAAUGGAUAAAAAUUCAUCUUGGUAGUGCAAUAUGAGGAAAAAAAACUUUUCAUGUUUGUCUUGAUAUGAGUGUUUAAUACAAAGUUCGAGCUAAAUUUUAUUUUACCAGUUGAUUACCAUUGUUAGAAAAGAUGUCCUGUACUUUAACAAAGAUGUGCCUACUUCCUGUUAAUUUCUUUUGACAAAGCUGAAUGGCAAAAAUGCUUGUUUCUAACUGUAUAAUUUUUUAAACUUUCAAAACUAAAAACUAAGUAAACACGAAAUACUGAA